AGAAAAAUGAAAAAUAAAAAAAAGGAGGUAAGAAAAGGUUGCAUGUGAGGAUUAUUUAUUUAAUUUUGGUGGGGCUGAGAAUGAGAUGAGACUUUAGACUAGAGUAAGCCCAACCUGUAUUGCCCAAGUGUGACUUCUUUUACCACGUGACCUCAUACUGUCACACGCAAGCACAUACAUGGACAUGACCCAUCCUUGGGAGGAGCUCAAAGCUCCAUUGGCCAUGGCAAUGGAAUGACCCAGCCCUCACUCCACCUAAAACCUUCUAGAUUUCCUCUCUCUCUCUCUCUCUCUCUCAAACGACAACAAUGUCGCUGUCGUGCGGCGUGGAAUGCGUGCUGAUUUUGGGCUGUAUGCGUUGGGCCUGGAAACGCUGCACCUACGUCGGCUCCGACGACAGCGCCACCUGGCCCAACGCCACUGCCGACGAUUUCGAACCCGUUCCCCGCAUCUGCCGUCUUAUCCUGGCGGUCAACGAGCCCGAUCUUCGAAAUCCUCAAUUCAUUACCCCACGCUCCGGCCACCGCCUCAACCCAGACUGCCGCAUCAAGCGAGUCACAUACGAGCAGACCCAAGGCCGAUCACCGCCCUACAUCAUCUACAUCGAUCACGAACACCGCGAGAUCGUCCUUGCCAUUCGUGGUCUCAAUCUGGUGAAGGAGAGCGACUACAAGCUUCUGUUGGACAAUCGAAUCGGUAUGCAGAUGUUCGAUGGGGGUUACGUCCACCAUGGGCUCCUCAAGUCGGCCAUUUGGCUCCUGAACGAGGAGUCUGAAACGCUAAAGCGUCUGUGGGUGGAGAAUGGUUCGGAGUACCGGAUGGUGUUCGCAGGCCACUCCUUGGGGUCCGGCGUGGCGGCGCUUUUGACGGUGAUUGUGGUGAACCACAGGGACCGAUUGGGUGGGAUUCCGAGGAGUAAGGUUCAGUGUUAUGCGAUUGCUCCUGCUCGGUGUAUGUCCCUUAACUUGGCCGUUAAGUAUGCUGAUGUUAUCCAAUCCAUUAUCUUACAGGAUGAUUUCUUACCGAGAACAGCUACGCCAUUAGAAGAUAUAUUCAAAUCAGUCUUCUGCUUGCCCUGCUUAUUAUUUUUGGUGUGUUUAAGAGAUACCUUCAUUCCAGAAGGUAGAAAACUUAGAGACCCUCGAAGACUUUAUGCUCCAGGAAGAAUGUAUCAUAUUGUGGAGCGAAAAUUUUGCAGAUGUGGGAGAUUUCCCCCAGAAGUCAGGACUGCCAUUCCUGUUGAUGGGAGAUUCGAGCAUAUUGUAUUAUCAUGUAAUGCCACAUCCGAUCACGGACUUAUUUGGAUAGAAAGGGAAGCAGAGAAGGCUUUAGGAAUAAUGAAGGAAAGUCAUUCAGAUACUAUAACUACACCUCCAAAAGUGCAAAAACUGGAAAGGCUGCAGACCUUUGAAAAAGAGCACAAAGAUGCUUUAGAAAGGGCUGUUAGUUUGAAUGUACCUCACGCUGCCACCUCAGAUUCAGAUGAAGAACCUCAUGAUGACCAAAAUACAAGUCAGAAUGAAAACUCUGCAGAAACUUCAAUGGAGUCGGGUCAGGGAAGGACUAACUGGAAUGAAGUAAUUGAGAAGCUUUACAAGAAAAAAGUGUCUGGAAGUGUACAACAAACUAGUGAUACCAAUGACCCAAAACAAUAGCACCUUCCAUUUAUGUUCUUUCCUGCUUGUGGUUAGGAUUAGUUUGUGUGUCAUCACUGGUUCCCAUUUUUCAAAACGCUAGGUUUUGUAUGUUAUAUCAUGUAUCAAUCUAUGAUGUCAGGUUAAUAUCAGACAAAACCGCGUCUAUUAAUCCCUUGACCAUAAGAGAACAAACCAUACUAAGGAAAACAUAAUAUAGGAAUUUACUUCGCUUGAGAGGCACCAGGUCAUCAGCUCUGAUUUUUUUUAUUUUUUUGAAUAUUAUUUUGUAGUGUGUGCAUUUGUUCUGUAUAUACAUUAUUGACAUAUAAAUGGUACAGCAACGUGAUUUUUGCUGCCGAA